UAAGCAUCACGUUGUUAAUGUGAUGAACAACCACGACGCUUAUAAACAUUCGAAAUACUCUGUUGUAAUUCAUGGAGAUUCUUGGAAGAACAACAUCAUGAUUAAUGAUCAAUCUACGAUCCGUUUCAUUGAUUUUCAACAGGCCAGGAUUGGUUCAGUUGUCCAAGAUUUGAGUUACUUCUUCUACACAUGUUGCGAAAAGGAUGAUUACGAGUUGGUUUGGUAUUACUUGAAGCUGUACCACGAUUAUCUGUUGGAGGAGAUGAAUUUGUUAGGUGCCGAUACAGAAAUAUUCACAUUUGAAUCGUUGAUGUGCGAAUGGAAGAAAUUCGCUUGUUACGGUUUCGGCAUGUCCGUAGUCGUUCUGCACGGACUUUGCAGUUUACCAGAAGAAUUCCCAAGUUUCGCAAAAGUCUUAGACAAAGGUGAAAACAUUUUUCGCUCUUUAAACUUUACAUCGAAACUCGAAGACACCUACUUCGAAAAACUGUGCGCGCUCAUCCAUCAUUUCAUUGAAUUAAACUUGUUUCCAAAAUAAUCAAAACGCAAAAAAAAUAAAG